UCCCUCUUGUUCUCUCUCUUCCAGGUUCGAUCCAACGCGUAAUGCUAAUUCAUGGAUCGAAAGUUGUUUUUCCAAUGAUGUAGCACGCCAGUUGAUCGUUUAAUCGACCGAUUGAUUUUCAGAGGGGGAGGUGAUUGAAUGAUCUCGAAAAAAAUGCAGCAUAUUCCGUCGACUGUCGAGGAACAGUUGUUUUUGAGAGCGUUUAAGGAAGAAUGCCCGUGGCAGAAUUUGCCCAAACGGCUUCAAGCCAUUUUUAAUUCUAAAGAUGAAUGGCACAGAAGCAUUAUUGACCAUUGUAUCAAGAAAAGGCUCCAAUGGAACACUUCUUUCGCUUGCAAAGUUUGUAAAGAAAAUGAAUAUUAUGACGAGAUGAUGCGUUUCUUGCGAAAGAGUCUAGCGUUAUUCCCUUACUACCUUGCUGAGUAUGUUUGCCGUGUGAUGAGGGUGUCUCCUUUCCGAUAUUACUGUGAUAUGAUAUUCGAUCUUAUGAGAAAUGAGCAACCUUAUGACAGUAUCCCGAAUUUCAGUGCUGCUGAUGCCUUGAGACUUACUGGAAUUGGGAGAAAUGAAUUUAUUGAUAUCAUGAACCAAUGCAAGUCUAAGAAAAUCAUGUGGAAGCUAAACAAGUCGAUUGCAAAAGAAUUAUUACCUACCCAACCUGUGGACUUUUCCAUUGAACCUUGGUGGUGUAUUUGUCUUGUUAAGUUUACAGUGGAAGAGUUUAAGAAACUUUCAGAAGACGAAAAAGCGAUGGUAAAUAAAAUCUGCAGGGAAGAAGCUAAUGCAUUUGUUCAUUUUGAUCCUGACAUUAUAAAAGCUCUUUAUCGACGGGGAUUAGUCUAUUUUGAAGUUCCUGUAUAUCCAGAUGACCGUAUUAAAGUUUUUAGACUUGAAGGAUUCAUUUCAAACAAGGAGCAAUCUUAUGAGGAUCCUAUCGAGGAGUUGCUAUAUGCAGUUUUUGUUGUUUCAAGUGAGCAUGCUACUAUUGCAGAGUUGGCAUCAACUUUACAGGCGGAUCUUAGGAUACUGCAGGCUGCUGCAUCUUUUGUUUGCCGCUUGGGAUGGGCACAAAAAGUAAUUGACCCAGCAUAUGUUCUUCAAGAAAACACAAUGGUACCUCAUGGUGUCACCCUAACAGAUGAAGAAGGAUCCUCUCGUCGUAGUUCAACCUCAGCAAAUGUGUCUAUUGAUGGUGGUGACAUUGCUCUUCAAGGAGAUUUUUGGGGGACAGAAAACUAUGCGUCACGUUCUUGUGAUGCUCGGGUUGCUUUUGUUGUUGAUGCUAACAUAACAUCUUAUCUUAUGAUGGGCUCUGUUUCACCAGGGUUGAAAUCUCAUGCUGUGACGUUAUAUGAAGCAGGGAAACUAGGCCAUGCUAGCAUUGCAGAUCUUUGUAAAGACCUAAGCACGUUGGAGGGUACAAAAUUUGAGGGAGUGUUGCAAGAAUUUGCAAAUCAUGCGUAUAGUCUUCGUUGUGUCUUGGAGUGUCUACUAUCUGGUGGUGUUGCUGCUGAUACUAGAGCUACGGAAGUUGUUGAUAGAAUAAGAAUGCCGACUUCAGGCUAUGAUGAGUCUAGUGCAGUAGCUGACGUGUCAUUGACUGAAUUAUCGGAGCAAUCUUCUUCUAAUGAAGCUGAACAAAACGUUACUGGUAACAAUAACUUAGAAACUUCACAGGAAGAUUCUCUUUUUGAUAACUCUGCACUUGAAACCGCCGGUGAUGAUGAAUCUGCUACCCUAUCAGAAGAUGGUAAGUUCUCGAGUGAGGUUUCCAAGUCUGACCUGAAAAUUAAUGUCCAUAAUGGUGGGAAAGCAAUACAUACGGAAGGAUCUGACGUAGGAAAAGGAACUCCAAGGAAGAGAAAGAAAUAUCGAGUGGAUAUCCUCCGCUGUGAAAGCUUGGCUUCUCUGCCAAAGGCAACCUUAGAUCGGUUAUUUCUUCGUGACUAUGAUAUUAUUCUAUCUAUUAUUCCUCUUCCACAUUCAUGUGUUCUUCCUGGACCUGCAGGUCCUAUUCAUUUUGGUCCUCCCUCUCACUCAUCAAUGACACCUUGGAUGAAAUUGGUGCUAUAUUCAACAGUGGCUAGUGGACCUUUAUCGGUUGUUCUGAUGAAAGGACUAUGUCUACGAAUGUUACCUGCACCAUUAGCCGGUUGUGAAAAGGCCCUUAUAUGGUCGUGGGAUGGUUCAGUAAUUGGAAGCUCGAAUGAACAGUCUGAAGGAGAUUUAGUUAAUGGAAGCAUACUUUUAUACUGUUUGAAUUCGAUUCUCAAAUUUUCUGCUGUUAUAGUGCAGCCCUUCAGCAGAUAUGACCUUGAUGGUUCUGGAAAAGUUGUUACUGUUGACAUACCCUUGCCCAUUACGAACUCCAAUGGCUCAGUUGCUCAUGUUGGGGACAAGCUAGGGCUAUCUGCAAAGGAACAUUUGAAAUUGAAUGAUAUAGUAACAGCUUUGGCUCAGAGGAUAGAGUUACGGACGGUUGGUUACAUUCGCUUACUAAAACUUUUUAAAGAAACCAAAUCGGAUAAUUUUGUUCCCGACCAGAAGUAUGAAUGGGUUCCACUGACUAUUGAGUUUGGGAUCCCACUUUUCAACCCUAAACUCUGCAAUAAUAUAUGUGAAAGGAUUGUCACGUCCGGGUUGCUUCAAGCAGAUUCACUUACUCAGCAUCAUGAAUCAAUGCAAAGGACUCAUAGAAAGUUGCGUGAGUUUUGUGCAGAGUAUCAAGCAACCGGUCCUGCAGCAAAACUUCUCUACCUAAAGGAUCAGCAGCAAAUGGAUGGCUCCAAGGAUUCAGAGUAUAUCACCAACCAUCCUGGUAGUGGAAAGUGGAAUUCAAUGGUGAACCCUUCUCCCAUUUCUGGAGCAUCUAGUGAGCAACAAAGACUUAAACUAGCCCAUCGGCACCGUAGUCGGACCGAAUUUUUGAGCUUUGAUGGUAGCAUUCUUAGGUCAUAUGCCGUGGCUCCUGUUGAAGAUCCUUCCCAAGUAACUGCACCAAAAGUCGAUCUCGAUGAAUCUGACAGCAAUGAAGUAAUCCUUCCUGGUGUUAACCUUAUUUUUGAUGGUGCAGAGUUGAAUCCCUUCGAUAUCGCGGCUAGCCUGCAGGCCGGCCAGCCGAUUUCAUUAAUAGCAGAGGCAGCUGCAGCCUCAACGUCUUUUGCAUUUAAUUAAACAGGUGAAUAUGAGAAGUUUAUGAUUUGAAUAUUUGUCGUCCGU